AUGGCGACACCUUUCGACGAACUCCGUACGGCAAGAAGCCAACUCCGUCAAUCCAAGCGUGCACUACGAGACACUCGUGAGAAGUUGAAGGACGUCAUUGAUGAUGACACCGAGGAUACUAACGAGGUCAUCAGACUGCUUGAAGACCAAGAGAUCAAGUACUCUAAGCGCAUUGAAGAGCUCGAAUCCCGUAUCGCCGAGCUCGAGCUAUCUAUCGACAACGAGCGUUCACAGAGUGCUCGACAAGAAGGUCGGUCAAGGGUUGCGCUUCCAACAUCCCCAACAGCCGAGAAGCAGAACGAACAUGCUCUCUCAUUUUUCAUGUCCACGGGCGAGCAUGGGCAAGAUAGCAAGCGCGAUGAUGACAUCGACAAUAACCAGGAGACCCCUUCGAAGAUCCUCUCGACUACAUCUACUGAACAACUGUCUGCUGCUGACUUUGGAUCCCUCUCGGUACCGUUACUGAAAACUCCGUCAUGUAUUGGGGCGCAUCUAUCCUUGCUAGAGCAGCUAUUCCAAGAAGCCGGUGCUGGUACCAUCAACCCUAACGGUGUAUUUGUGCCACAUACACAUCUGCGCAUAAGUGUGUACAAUAAACUUCUCAAGAGUGUCAAGUCCUGCGAAGUGGUUUCAACCGUCAUUCACGACGUCGCCCAGAACUGCGAGUACAAAUGGUCUGCUAUCAAGUCCGAGCUACAGCAAGAGUUCGCUCGUAGAGACUUGCUCAAAGCUGAAUACAACUCCGUCAUGCGGUCUCUCGCCUUUGGUGGUCUGGGUACUGUUGAAAUAUUUUUACGGAAGGCACUGGCAGCCUUUCGCAUGUACCGUAAUGUCUACGGGACUGAUCGAGCAGAAUUGCGGACGAUGACCAGAACUGUGGUGAUGAAACUACCAGAGAAGCUUCGGAUAUGCGUAGUUCAGAGUCUACAGAGCCAAAAGGUUGGCAACGGCGACUGGGAACUUGCAUUGCCAUUCGACGAUACUGCUGGGCGGCCGUCUGUGAUCUCUGUCAUAAGAACUAACUGCCGCACCUUCCGAGACGCUGGUGUCUCUCUCGAUGGUCAUCAUGGUCUCAACAACAACCGCAACCACAACCAUAACCACGUUAAAGACAGCCAACACUCUAUCGACCGUGUAGCACAAGUGUCUGAUGGGAAAAGUGGUCGUGGAGAAUCUCUCUCCAAGUGGGCGGGUCGCUUCCCGGCUGUGUUUGUCGUUACGGGUCCUGGAGUUGCAGGCUCUCCCGAGAAUCACGUCCAAUACGACGAUGCUCGGCACUACCCCCGGAAAGACGGUAAAGGUGUCCUUUGGUUCUUGGCCUACAAGGACGAAGAGAAUGGUUCGAAGGUCAGUGAAACACCUCUGCAUCCUGACGGCCUUUUUAAUCAAGUUUCUCAACCUGUAUCUACCCCCGUUAGUGAGGAUAGCAUCCUUGCUCUUUCGUCUGCUACCAUUCCGCCGGAGAUCCUGCUCCGUGGUGCUCUUCGAUCUACGUCGUCCAACACUUGGGAUUCCGCUGUUGACGUGCCCGUUCUCGUAGAUUCUGGUGCCGGUGGCAAUUAUUUGCUUGUGUUAUCUCUGGCCGAUGGAUCCCGUCGCAACAUCAGCAAGGCCGUUGAUGUCACUAUCGGUAUCUACCCAGUCGGCUUGUAUGGUCAUGAGUCCAUCAUCGCUCAACAGCAAGUGUCUCUCAACGUGCUCACUGUAUCACCUUGUCCUUUUCUCCGUCCAGGAUCUUGGUGUACUCUUGCUGGUCGCAGUUUGCUGGCACGUUGGAAUCUGAUCACUAAAGGCUCGGCAUUCGCCAAGAUAGAUGGCGCCGAAUUAUCAACUACCGGCGUGGGGAUACAGCCUUGCUGUGAGUCAAACCCUAGCUCCAUCCAUGUUUUGCCAUCCGGAGACAUUAUUCAUCGUAUCGAGCAGCUACUACGACAGCUCUCUGAUCAAGGUUGGCGCCCUCUUGCACGAUGUCCUAGUGAAGCUCUCCGUGUCAAGCUUCGUCGACUGGGUCCUGAUGAACCCCGUGACACUGACAUCCAAGCCUUCUGUUUCACCGUCGACCUCUCAGCCUUCGACAAGUCUAAGGUUGGUCCACAGCGAGGUUAUGCACGAGGACUCUAUAACCGUCUAUCCCCCUUGGAUAGAGAGACGUAUGCCAAGCUCAUCAAGGACUAUUUGGACCGAAAGUGGUGGUCACCAGUCGAGAAGUCUCAGCUAAACCGUAUCGUAGACAUCUCUCCACCAAUCCCUGUCUUCAUGAUCGGUGGUACAUCGUCCAAGACGCCCGUCACUGUGAGGAAGCCUAGACUAGUACUGGAUUGCAGAGCAAUCAAUGAGGGGUUACCGUCAGCUAGCAGUGAGAAUCCCAGUGGGUUCUUGAUCAUCAAUGCUCUCCGCUGGGCAUCCCCAAUCGCCAUUGCGACUAUUGAUGCUCAGCAGGCGUUUUACCGGGUACAAGUGAGUGGUCUCACAUUACUUUUGGUGAGUGCUCUUGGGUACUAUACCAGUCGUCGUAUUUGUUUCGGUCUCUCCCCAGGACCGUCUUCUUUACAGUCCUCGUUGGGAGCCCUCUUCUUCCUCAUGACCUACCUCUACGUCAGUGGCUUUUGGAGCCUCUACGUCGAUGAUGGUAUACUGUCCGGGUCUGUCCGCCACCUCAUCCACAACCUCACUGUGCUGGUCUAUGCUAUGCUCCUCUGUGGCUUUGCGGUGCAGCAAACUAAGUUUGCAUGCAUAUGCGAGUCCUCUCACGCAGCAGAACUGAAUGAGUCCCUCAAGCCCUUAGGUAUCGUACCUUCAGGGUCUCUCUCGCUGUUGCGAACUUCUCUCUGCUACCGUACCGGUACACUUGUACUCCAUUGCUGUCGUGAAGAGCGCCUCGAUCGUGUGUACAAGUUUGCCAGUUCUGAUACUAUCUAUCAGCUUUCAAAGUCCGCGGCGUUCUCUUAUGCUGGUGCUCUCUCGUAUGAUGUGGGUAGAGUUCAUCCAGAAUGCCGCAGCUGCGCAGAUGGCGUCAGAUCACUGAUAGGUCGCUGUUUGGCGAAGCAAGGAUGGCAGACAGUGGUCAAUCUCCGAUACCAGCUGACUCCUAUCCAACUUGCCGCCUACGACUACUUCAUCCACUGGAUGAGAGAGCUUUCUGCACCGUCGGCCGCCAAGUGCUCGCACGUCUCUCCGUGCCCAUCGAAUGAUGAACUACCAGACCUCACUCUGGUAACUGACGCCUCUCGUUCUGGCGGUGGGUUCCUAGUUCUUCGCGGAUCAGUGGAGGGCGGUAGCGAGGCUGGUCUCGCGGACCUUCCGAUGCUCUGCGGUGACGGUUUUCGAUGGAGUAGAACUCAAAGGAACUAUCACUCCAACCGUCGAGAACUGUUGUCAUUGGUUAUAGGCCUCCGUGCAUGUGCCGACUUGGUGAGCCAUUACUUCACUAACUCCAAGGACUCGACUGCUUGCGGUCCUCGCCGACGUCCUAAGGUGUUUGUUCUGUCUGACAACAAGGCCGUCAUCCAUUGGUCCCGUGAGGAUGCUACCGCCUUGUUCAGCAGUGGUCAAGCACUCGAAAAAAGAGCACUUACUCGCCUCGUCCUUGUGGCAAUGGAUGAGCUGAAGGCUCUUAAACGUUAUGCAGAUAUUGAAGUGAGACAUGUCGAGGGUCGCAACAACAUCCUGGCCGAUAGAUUAUCCCGUUUAUAUGAUAGUGUGAUAGCUCCCGGGAUUACUUUGAGUGACGUUCUCUGUGACGAUCUUCCGGACUCUGUCCCUGUGUGGCCCGAGGAAUCCGAUGAUGACAUCCGUCUUCUUGCUGCUGACUCGUCACAUGAGCCGCUCACUAGUUGUGACCCUUACACCCGUGAUCGGUUACUUCUCUUCCGUCAUUGUGAGCUGGAAUCUGGUGAUGUCUCGCUUGAUCUGCGAACUGAUUUCAUUGGACUUGUAGCUGGCUCUUCUGCUGAAGCUCUACCGUGCUUUAUAGAGCGUUUAGCUGCUCAAUGUUAUGAUUACUCGACUAUUUUGUCACGUGUCCGUUGCCUCCGUUUUAUACUUCGCCUCCUCCGUGCGAAUGCGGUAGGAGCGGUUCUAUCGGUCGUCGAGUACUCAGGGGUGCCUUGUGACGCUGAUAAGCGCGCCCUGGUCUGUGCUGCUCAGCGACAUGAUGAGUUCUGUAUUGCUACUCGAUCCCGUGGCCCUCUACCAUGUGGACCGUAUGUGAUAUCUGAUGACGGUGACUCCAAUAUCCCUUUGGUCUUGUUCCGGUCUGGCAGCCCCUUUGGGACGGAAGUCUUCCAGUAUGUUCUUCCCAAGUCAGUGCCUAGGCUUCGCGAAAAGGUGCUGAAAGACGCCCAUUCUCGCUCGGAACAUCUGACCGUGAGGCCUACUUUAUCGCUGGUGGUCGACUAUCAUCUUCCUGGUGCCACUCGACAAUGUCGUGAUUUUCUGAGUAAGUGCAUCACUUGUAAAACCCUCCGAGCUCAACGGUCGUGGUCUUCCCAUCCAUCGGUUCGCAGUGAAGCUGCGGCUCUUGCUCAUCUUCCUCCGUACUGGCAUGUUUCGGUGGACUUCCUGGCCGUGGGUGACCAUGUCAAGCUUUUCAGUGCGGUGUGUAUGUUUACCCGUCAUAUCACACUCUUCCGUGCUAAGACGGAGACGAGCUCGGAGGCUUUGCGAUUGUUGAAGCUCCUCAAGGCUAAGACUGGCUCCAUUCGCAUUGUGACUUGUGACCGAGCUGCUUAUUUUAGAUCAAGUGAUCAAUUCAUACGACGUGUCGAGUCUGAGCUCGAGGCGAGUGUCUGCUUAGCCUCCAGCAGAUCCCCUUGGGAGAUCUGUUCAGAGUCGCACAAUGCCAUAGUGGUGGAUCGUCUCCGAUGUAUGCUUCGACACAGUUCUGGGAAGUGGCCUUCAGACCGUGACGAUGAAGACCUACUGCUAGAGCGCUUGAUGUCGAUCAUCAACUGUCGCCCGCUGGGAACCUUUUUGAUCAGUCAAGGUACUGCUGAGGUUGUCACUCCCGACAGCCUUUAUUUUGGCCGAACAAGGGACGGCAGUAGCUCUCUAAGCGGGUCGAAGCCUACUUCUACUGACCACUCUCACCUCAUGCCGAAUAGGCUGAAGACCUUCCGUAACGUCUUCCUCAGCUCGGUCUGGUCAGAGCUCAAGAAGCAGUCUCUCAGCAAUGUGUCCUCCAAGUGUAAGAGCGGUCAUUCGAAGCCUCAGUUAUUUUAUCCUGGUGAUGCGGUACUUGUCCACAUGACUGGUCGUAAAUGCGGUAUGGCAUUCCGCAUGGGCCAUGUAGUCCGUGUCUUCUCCCCUAGGCGUGUUCAAGUCCGAUUUCCUGGUGGCCUGCUGACUUACGAGAACGCAUUCAACUUGGUCAUCUUACGUCCUUUCCCAAGGCUUGACCCCAAUAUUCCUGUGGUGUCACGUGAAGGACUCCGCCUACGAGUGCAGGAUGACCAAAAGGUUGAUCAGUGGCGGUCUGGUGUCGUCACUUACGAUCCUUGUGAUGUUGGUGACGACCGGGUCUGGAUACAAUUUGACAACGGUGAUACUCCGGAGUUCAUAUCUCUUGGCACUCGUCGAUGGCAGCUCUCAGACGAAGAGACAAACAACAAGGCCGAUAUCAAUGAUUAUGCUCGCGUGUCCUCGCAAGGGGGGCGUGAUGAGACCGAAGAUUGUCUCAUAGAAGAACCACUUCCCUCUCGUGUCGGGAUGCGUAUCUCUGUUGCCACUGGUAUAUCUGCCGGCCUCCGUCGUCCCCGUCGUUACUGGUCCUCAGGCCGAGUUUGUGGCGUGCGCAGGUCUGGCGCCCUAGAUAUCUUAUGGGACGGCUCCGAAACGGCUGGCUGUGAAACUAUCCGAGUUGAUGAUACUGAAGUCAAAGUGUUGCGAUGA